CUAUAAAAAGGUUCUUAAGCUCAGCUUCUUAACCAGCAAGCACUUGUGGUCUCCUGAAUUUCUUUAUUUCUUUAUUUAAAUAUUAAUUUAUAAACAAUGAACCACUCAGCUCUUGUCAUCACUUUUCUAACCUGUGCUCUCUUGGCAAUGACGGAAGGAGUUCCACACAUGCAGCCCAGAUGCCUGUGUACAAAAACAAUGAAACGGGAAAUCUCUGAUAAUAGAAUUGUGAAAAUUGAGAUCCAUCAACCUGGUCCUCACUGCAUAAAUACAGAAGUAAUUGCUACGGUGAAAUUCCAGAACGAAAUGACAUUGUGCCUCAAUCCUGAAGACGAGUGGGUUCAAAAAGCCCUCAAAAAAAGAAACCUGACACUUUAAAAUGCUAGUACAAUGAAGACGAUUAAAGAAGAAGAACAGAAAAAAGAGCUGAAAUGUCUCAACAUCUUAAAAUGUAAAAUCUUAAAUGUCACAUUUUUAUUUUUCUUCACUAAUUGUAUGAGUAAAUAAUUCUAGCAGUGUUUUUAUUUUUUUAUAAAAAAAAUGUAUGCAUCUAAUAAAACCAAAAACUUUGUUAAUAUAAUUAAUAUCAUUUUUCAAGCGUUUGUUGUUCAUAUAUUUAUAGUCAUGUUAAGGUUGCUCCAUCACUGAACCAGAUGUAUCUAAAUAGCUGGUUCAGACACUAAUAUAAACAAUGAAAGAACAUCUCUGUAAGAUAUGCAGCCGCUAUUGUACCUUUAAUGUGAUCUGACAUUGUCAAUUAAAUUACAUAAACCCUAAAAA